AUGGCUCAAGACCACACCAAAGCGGAAGGAGAUGGGUUACCUCCAGGCACUUCGAGGCUCAUCGACGUAGAUGGCUCCGUUAUUGGGCAGCACGCGUCAGGCUCGGGCGAGAACGAUAUCGUGCUCAUUCCUCGCCCUUCAGAAGACCCAGAAGACCCUCUGAAUUGGACUAGAAAGCGCAAGCUGCUGGCUACAUCAUGCGUUGUGCUCUACACCAUCAUGAUUGCCAUUCCAAGUAGUGCAGUCUACUCCGUCGUCACUCCCAUUCGAAAAGCGACAGGAUUAUCGCUGGCCGACAUCAACAAUGGAACCGGAAUCAUGUUUCUCUUCUACGGCUGGGGAUGCGUCAUCUGGCAACCUCUCGCUCUCCAAUAUGGCAAGCGACCUGCUUACCUGGCUUCCCUUGCGGCGAACAUUUGGUUCGCUCAUCAACGCCCGAAGUACCUUGCGCUCUAUGGAUGGGGUCUCUCUAUGACAGGCAAGCUUGCUCCUAUGCUUUCUGGUUUCAUCAACGUCGGUAUGGGAUGGAAGUGGACUCUGUGGUGGUGCGCAAUUUUCAACGGAAUUGCUUUGGUGUACUGUUUCCUCUUCAUGGAAGAGACCAACUACGAUCGUCCCGCGAGACUGGAGGACCAUGAAACACCCGUCAUCUCGGAAGCGCAACGAACAGAAUCUGCAACUGGCAGCGAGGAGGAGUCGAAAGUUGCGAACACAACAGAGAAGCAGGGAACUCCGACCACCAACCCCGUCGACAGCGAGACUGGACAGGUUAUGUACCCACGCAAGACUUUUGUCCAGAAGUUAGGUAUCAAGGACAAGCCGAGACCCAACCGAAUGCUGGAUAUUGCUCUUGGCGCCCUCCGAGGCUUCACGUAUCCUUCUGUCGUUUACGCUGGAUUGAUGUACGGCGCCAACAACUUGGUGUGGUCUGGUGUUCAGAAUGCCACAACAGGUACCGUGUACACCACCAUGUACGGCUUCUCUACCGCCGGUGUGGCUGGCGCUUACGCGGGAGGCGUUCUUGGUACCAUCAUCGGAGGUUACUAUUGCGGCAAGGUUGGAAAGAUCCUGACAAUUCGCCUCGCGCGUCGCAACAACGGAAUUUCCGAGUCAGAGCAUUCUCUGUGGCUCUUCGCGGCCUCGAUGUUUUUGGUGCCUUUCAGCAUGAUCCUCUACGGCCUUGGAGUUGCCUACCAUAUCCACUGGAUGGGGCUCAUUAUCUCUCAAUUCACGCUCGCUAUCAACAACGCUCUGGCGGUCGCAGGAUCUCUGGGUUAUGCUAUCGCAUCAUACCCGCAACUGAGCGGCGACAUGAUCACCACCUGCGUCAUCAUUCGUAAUACGAUGAGCUUCGCCAUAAACUACGGCAUCACUCCCUGGCUCAACCACAUGGGCUAUCGCGAUACUUUCAUCACCGUUGGCGCCAUUGGAUUUGUGUGGAAUGCCAGUAUUUUUGUCAUGACUAGAUAUGGCAGGAAGAUGCGAGAGAAGAGCGCAGAAAGAUACUGGAAGGAUGUUGCAAAGGCGCACGCGAAGGGUUUGAGUCAUUGA